UCCAAAAUAAUUUAUUUUUGUGAUUGAACAUGUAACGACAAGGUUUAAUUAAAGUUUUCUAUGCCCUGAAAAAUUUAUUAGUAUAAUGUAAGAGCUCUGAUGAUCAAAAUGGCCCGUGGACAGCAGAAGUAUACGGACGAAGAAAUACGGGCUUUUAUGUUGGGAUAUGCAGCGUCUAAUGUCAGCGCCAGAGCCUAUGCGAAGAAAAUCGGAGUUCCGUGGGCACCAUUCAUGUUUUGGAAAAAAAGGCUGAAAAGUAACGCGCCACCCAGAAAGCAGAAGCACAGAAGGCAGCCAAAGUAUCGCGACAUCGAAGACGACUUGUACGAGUUCGUCAUGGCUGAGCGAAAGAAGGGACUAAUUGUGACCCGCUUUGAGCUGAAAGAAAGAGCGCUGAAUUUAGCAAGAGCGAAAGGAGCUCCGACUUUCAAAGCAUCAAGCGGAUGGUUGACAGAGUUUCUUAAGAAGCGGUGCCUGCGCUACCGCGUACCAACACGUCAUGCUCGAAAAUCGGUGUUUACAGAGCAAGAUUUGGACGAUGAACUGGAUUACUUUUUGCGAUUGCACAAUUCUGUUGUUUUGGAUGGUACGCCGAAUGACCGUGUCUUCAACUUCGACCAGACGAUGAUCCGCCUUGUUUCUCCCAAACCGAAGACACUUACACCGUUUGGAGUCAAUGAAGUGACUGUCAAGCAUCCCCCUGGGGAGAAAGAAGGCAUUACUGUAUCUCUGACAAUUCGUGCGGAUGGAGGAAAGUAUCCUGCCGUAGUGGUAUUAAAGGGAGGGAAGAACGGCGAACUCUCUGAUGGGAUCCUGUCAAAGCUGAAGAUUCCCGGAAAUAUUUUUCUUGAGAGCUCUUAUACGACCUGGUGGACCGAGCAAAUGGACAACGACUGGAUUAAAUAUACCUUUCCAGAUGAUAAGGAAAAACAGGUCCUUGUGCGCGACCAGGCAACAGUCCAUAAGAAAGUGUCAUCGGAGCUCCUGUUACGCGAUCGGAAUGUCGAGCAGAUUUUCAUCCCAGCUGGUCGGACUGGCGACUAUCAGCCCCUGGAUGUCAGCGUCAACAAGUCCUUGAAGUCUUUUUUUCGGAGCGAGUACCAAGCAAGGCGUGCGUCACACAAUGAAGUGACAAAGUCUGGCUACUUAAAAAAGCCAGGCCGCCAGGAUUUUUUAAAUAUGAUUUCGCGCGCCUGGCAGAAUGUCACGGCCGACGUGGUUCGUAAUUCGUUUUACGCAGCUCAGGUGUUAGAAGACUGUGAAGACAAUGAAGACUUCCAGAGCUCUGAUGAUAAAGAAAAUAUAAGCGAAAAAAGUGGUGUUGGUUUUCAGAGCUCUGGUGAUGAGGAAGAUAACGGUGAUCAAAGUGACUGUGAAAUGGAGAUAAGCUUCUUUAGUGAUAGUAUUCUCGCUUCUGAUGAUUCCUGUGAUUUUGAAAACGGUUUACCAAAGUAAUUUACGAAAUAAAAUUU